GGUAAUAAAAAAACAAAUAGAGUGGAGAAAUAGUCAGAGAAACUGAGAGGGAAAAUCGGAGUAUGAAGCGGAGAAGGCAAAGUAAGAAGGUGAAAAAAGGGUAUGGAUUUGAUAGCAGUGAAGGAUUGCGGAGCAGAUGAGCUCGAAAUGUACGGAGGAGAAGUCGAAUUCGGUUUCCAAUUUUCGGAUUUCGGAUCCACUGAGGGAGGCGUUGAAGGCCAGGGGAAUCGAAUCUCUGUUUCCGAUUCAAGCCACCACUUUCGAUACCAUUUUGGAUGGCUCCGAUUUGGUUGGCCGUGCUCGUACUGGUCAGGGAAAAACCUUGGCCUUUGUCUUGCCAAUUGUGGAGUCUAUACGAAAUGAACUUGAUGCAACUACAAAGAAGACCAGUCAUGGGAGAGCUCCCAGUGUUUUGGUUCUCUUACCAACUAGAGAAUUGGCUCUCCAGGUUUUUGCUGAUUUUGAAUUUUAUGGCGGGGCAUUGGGUCUGUCAUCUUGCUGUUUGUAUGGAAGUUCUCCCUAUGCUCCCCAACAAACUAAAUUAAGUAAAGGGGUUGAUAUUAUUGUGGGCGCUCCUGGACGAAUCAAGGACCUCAUACAAAAGGGAAACAUUGAUUUGACCUCUUUAAAGUUUCGCGUUCUUGACGAAGUGGAUGAAAUGCUGAGAAUUGGUUUCGUUGAUGAUGUCGAAUUUAUUCUAGGAAAAGUAGAAGAUCCAAGACAAGUUCAAACACUUCUUUUCAGUGCCACUUUGCCGGAUUGGGUUAAACAUAUUGCAUCUAAGUUUCUUAAACAAGACAAGAAAACUAUAGACAUAGUUGGAAAUGAUAAAAUGAAGGCAAGCACCAGUGUGAGACAUGUUAUUAUUCCUUGCUCAAGUUCUGCCAGGUCUCAACUCAUUCCUGAUAUCAUUCGAUGCUAUAGCAGUGGAGGCCGCACUAUUGUUUUCACUGAAACUAAGGAUUAUGCUUCUGAACUUGCUUCAUUGUUACCCGAUGCUCGUCCUUUACAUGGUGAUAUUCAACAGGCCCAACGUGAGGUUACACUUUCUGGAUUCAGAUUAGGCCAGUUUAUGACCUUAGUCGCGACGAAUGUGGCUGCUCGCGGAUUGGACAUUGACGUUAUGCUAGUAAUUCAGUGUGAACCUCCGCGAGAUGCUGAGGAUUAUAUUCAUCGAUCUGGAAGGACUGGAAGGGCAGGUAAUAGUGGGGUGGCAGUCAUGUUUUAUGAUCCAAAGAAGUCAAACAUUUCAAAGAUCGAAAAGGAUUCUGGUGUGAAGUUUGAGAUGAUGGCUGCUCCACAACCAGCUGAUGUUGCCAAAAUUGUUGGCAGAGAAGCUGCUGAAGAAAUUGUGGCAAUCUCUGAUAGUGUGAUACCAGCCUUCAUAGGAGCUGCCCAGAACUUGAUGAAUGCCUCUAAUCUCUCUGCUGUUGAACUUCUUGCAAAGGCACUUGCAAAAGCUUCAGGAUAUACUAAGAUGAAGAGGCGCUCACUUCUUACUUCAAUGGAGAAUUAUGUUACUCUGCGCCUUGUGAGUGGAGGCCCUGUGUAUUCUCCUUCAUUUGUGUAUAGUUCCUUGAAAAGAUUUUUACCUGAAGCAAUGGUUGAAUCAAUCAAAGGAGUUGCAUUGACGGUCGAUGGAGGAGCGGUGUUUGAUGUAUGUACAGAAGACGUGAACAGGUGCCGAAAAUGAAUUCGACAUAAAGCUGGAGAUUGUGGAAUCCUUGCCGAGGUUGCAAGAAAGAGAAAAAUCCCGUGGUGGAAGAUAUGGUCGCGGCGGAGGCGGCGCUGGCUUUCCGGAUCGUAGAGGAGGCGGUGGCUUUCCUGAUCGAAGAGGAGGUGGUGGUCGUUUCUCGGGAGGAAGAGUGGGGUUUUCCGAUCGACAAAACAGCUACAUGUUUGGCAGAGGGAAUAUUCGCAAAUGGUGAAGAAAUAAUAACAGCGUAGGGAAGAC